CGAGCUUCGACUCUUUACCAUAGAAGAUGCCCUUUAGCGACCUUGAACUUCGACAGUUGGCCGAGAGAUACCGCAUAACGUUCUUUCCAGAGCAGCCUUCAUCUCGUUGGCCUGCUGCGCAUCGACAGACAUUUCAAAACAUUCAAAAGCUCGGCGUACAACUAUUCGACAAUUUCUGUUCCGUUCCCGAUGUUCACUCGGGCGAUCAACCUUGGAAAGGCCAACUAAAACGACGCGCGGAAUGGCUGGUAGAGAAUGCUGCUCGAUUGUUCAAGCAGAAACGCAAUGAAGCAGACUGGAGGCUGCAUAUUGAGGCUACCGUCUUCCAAAGACUGGCUGUAGAAAUUGCGUGCCCAGAAUGUCGGGCUAGAAUUUGGCGCUCGGAGAUUGAAGUUUCCUUUGAUCAACAUGACGGGAUAACAGAAGACCUUGCGCAGCAAAGGAAGAAUCGUGCGGUGUGCCAAUGCCCUGCAGUCGAUCGCAUUCACGACUUCUACGAGAUGGGCAUAAGUCCUCUCUUCGACGACCGAAUCCAGAGAGAGAUCCAAGAUGAUUCGACCUAUCCAGCACCUCCUAACGUAUACACGCCCAAACAACAACCAGACAGGAUUUAUGGGUUGCGACAAACCAAAAACUUCAAGCAGUUGCUUUCACAGCCAGUGACAGCAGACCCUACAUACAGCCCGGCUACUACAUUAGGGGAUACGAUCAGAGUUAGCCCAUUCAAAAAGGAAAAUGAUCCUUUGAUCUUCCCAUUUCUCAUCCUUGAAGCCAAGUCCGAAGACAGCAAGGCCGGGUUUGACGCCAUCCAAACUCAAACCGCAUUUCCCAUAUUCGCGCUGCUGAAUCUUCAACAUAAAUUGCGAAAAAGGGUCAAGGCUUCUAGAACCAAUCUAAGCCCAUUUGUCUGGUUUCUUGCGAAUAGAGGAGACUCCUGGCGGGUGUACGGCUGCUAUAUUACCGACAGUAACCCCAUCGAAUACCAUAUCGUUCACAUGUGGGCCGGAUCAGUAGUCUCUUACAAUAACGCCCUUCAGCUCCUCCUGAUCAUCGACUACAUUUUCGACUGGGCAAGGGACCUGUACCGUCCCUCAAUACUGAGACAGCUGAAAUCUAUAGCCACAGAUAAAGACUACGACGCAGUGAGCCUGACCAGAGAAACCAACAUUUUCUCCUCGUACAGUCGGAUCUCGGACUGGGUUCCGGGUGCGCCAACCCAUGUCGAUGGAUUUGAUCACGAGUUGGACAAGCUACGUCAAGCUCCAACUAUGGACUAUCAAAACCUUUCUGCUCUGGAUUCUUCUCAAUCGAAACUCGUGCUACGCCGUUCUGCGCUUGUAAUACGCACUCGGGUUGUCGGAUUGUGGCUCUCUACGCAAAACAUCGGAGCCUUUCUCGAGUAUGCGAGGAAAGAUUCAGAAGACGAUAGUUCAGUGAGUGCUGCGGCAGAAAUACUGAGAUUUAUAUCGGCCAACAUUUCAGAGACUGUGUUCUUCAACGCGGACGAUCUCAGAGGCUGGGAGCAAUGGUGGUCCGAUGACGAAACAACAACUGGUCCGAAUGAAAAGCUUCUUGUAAUAACCUCAUUCGCGACCUUCAUCAACAAAUCUUGGGACAUUGUGCACGAGUCGACUUACCUAGCUGUGUCGAGAGAUGUCCUGCUCAUUUUGAACACGCAUGCCAACGUUCUCUUGAACGCAGAAGAAAUGCAAGCAAUCGACUGGGCCCAUAGGUCAUGGAGCAUUGGGGACAUCCACGACGCUAGUCUUUGCCUAGGCACGUUUUCACCAGAACAGUUGCUCAUGGCGGCUAUCUCGUGUACGUGCUUUUCGCCAUUCUCUAGAAUCGAACAAGAGCAAAGGUGCGCAGCCAAUUCAUCUGCUGCUGGAGCAUUCGAUGCCGGAAACCUUAGGCGUUCGCUAUUGCGAAACCUGGUCCAGAAGUACCACAAACUACGGCCGCCAAGACAAGCUCCACCAAACCUUGAUCCGACAAUACGGCCGAUGAAUCCCGGUGUAACAUACGUCGACCCAGAACAGCGAGAUUCUAACGAAUCAUUCAUUCGCGUCUUCGAGACAAUAGACGAUAGCACUGAGAUCGAUGGAGCCCACGUCCCCCAAGAGUGCGAGAUGUGCAACCAAUCCGAACGCCAAAAAGAGCGCAAAGAGAAGGGCGAAGAAUUUGUUCCAUGGGCAAACCCAUGGGCAGAUCAGGUCGAACUCUCUGAUCGAGGCAUGGUCCUGGUAGAGUCUCUCAGUCUCAAAAACCAGCUGAUUGAGAGACAAGAUAGUUGUGUAUAUACACUCACAGACAGCGAAGAAUUUGAGGAUCCAGAGGCACUCGCAUUGAUUGUGAAAGACCUGCGGCAAUCCGGAAAGGUGUAUCACACGUUCCUUCAUGCGCAUUAGAAUCGUCUCUUUUGUCCUUAUUCAGAGAUUUUUGAGGCUACCCCAUAUUAUAGACCCAGCUUCUUCUUUAAACGCCAAGGAAGGAGGAGCGGUCUCGACAUGCCAGGUGCACGUCUCCUCUCGUAUAUGAGCCUCCUUCCUGACCUUUUCCCUCUUUUAAAACAUCGUCUUCCGUAGUCAACAUAGCACGUAUCGCAUCUAGUACCUCCCUGUUACGUGACAAUUGCUUUUUUCCAUAUGCGCCCCCAUAACGCUGAAUUCCGCCCAUGUGUGACGCCGUGCCCUUCCAUCCACCCUAUCCAGCAAGCGGAUUCGCAUGUAUCUGUACCUUCUCUAUCCUCGCCGUGCCUUUCGGUCUUCCUUUCUUAUCAACCUCCACCCCUUCCAGCGCAUCCAGCGUCUCAAAUCCCUCAAUCACCUUCCCGAACACGGUGUUCUUCCCAUCC